GACCUGCAUGGAGUUACUGCUGAUGCAAAUCACCAGCACUGGCAAAAGCCUUGAGCCUUAAUUGUGCUUGAGAGGUGUGUGAAGGUAUUUGGAUGACAUUUGAAAGAGCAGAGUGAUUUCCUGGCGUUCAUCUUUCCCAUUCCUCUGUAAGAAGGACUACGUGGCACUCUGGUGACUAGACUGUUCCUCACGCUUGGCGUCAUGUUGGCAGAAGGCAUCUUAACUGGCCUCAUAUAUAAAAUAAGCUGUCAUCAAGAUAAGCCUCGCAAAUCUCAUGCAUCCAACAAGGAUAAAGAGGGAAUCUGGAGACAAAAACUGGUAGACAACCCAAAAAUUAAAGGCUUUGCUGCUGGAGAUGAGAAGCGGGAUGAGACUUCUAGAUGUAGCGCAACGGCACACGGGAGCGCUCCUCAAGGGAGGUCUGCCAGAGAGGUUCCUGCCAGAGAGGUUCCUGCUAGAGAGGUUCCUGCCAGAGACCUGCAGGUGCUUGUUAAAGGAACUCGAUCACCAGCUUUACACAUCCCCAAAGGAGAGAGAAGUACUGAGGAGCUGGAUUUGUACACAUCCUGGUUCUGCAACAGCAUUUAUCAAAACUAUCCCGACUUACACAUUGGGGGAGACCGCGUGCGAGAGCAUACAUGUGAUUCAGGCUGUGUUUUGGACCAUGUCUGUGAUGAGCUUCACCAUGGCCCUGUCCUACUGUCCAUAGAUAUUCCUCUGGGUCAGUCUCCUCUGCGUGAGUGUCCUGAGAAGCCGAGUACAAAGUCCCUGUGUGGAGAUGAAGCUGGAGAAAGGAGUAUCGUGCUCUGUGAGGAGCCUCUCUCAAACUCCACGCUCAACAGGUACAUGGAAUCGAAAGUGGCAGAGUUCUAUAAAGAGUUUUUUGAAGAGAGCUUGGCCAGAUGUGGUUCUGUAACAAACCUCCUCACUUGCAGUUUGGUACAGAAUAACCUGAAUCAGAUAAGCCUUCAGAUAUCCCAGGAGAAGAAUAUAGAAAGAUCAAAAGCCCGAGAAGCUCUCUUGCACUCUUUAGGUUUGUUCAGUUUGCGCAACGCUACCAACAGGAACAGCUCUGAAUUUAGUACUCCAGACCUGCAGAUCUCAAACCCAGAGUAUGUGAGAAGGAGCUGCAGGCUGCAGUUUACAUCGUGACUGGUCUGUGGAGCUGGAGAGAUGGACACAAUUCAGAUACAAAUAUUUCCCUCUGUGCAUCAGGUUGAGGAAUGCAAACGUUUACACACUACAGACUGCUUCCAAUAGGUAUUCUAACACUUAAACCAUGCUUUGGUAGUAGAGGAAUUAAAGGUCACUGUUUUCUUUUCUUCUAAUACAGAAUUUGAAAUGAAUUUCUCUCCAAUGCUGUGGUGGUUUUGCCUGGGCCAGGCUUUGGUAGCAGGGGAGCUACAGGUUUGGCCUCUUUAAACAAAGGUCUGCCAGAAGCUUCCCCUGUAGCUGACGGGGCUCGUGCCAGUCAGUUCUGAGAUGGACACACAGCUGACCCAGGCCUGGCCAAUUAGUGACUGAGGUAACACCUCUGUGAAUAAUGGAUUUGAGACGGGGAAGAAGUUCCUGGGCAGUUCCUGACACCAAGGUCAGUGGAGAAGGAGGGGAGGAGGGUGCUUAGGCCCUGAGGAAGACUCCCCUGUGGCCUGUGGUGCAGCCCAUGGUGAGGCAGCUGUGCCCCUGCAGCCCGUGGAGGCCAUGAGGGAGCAGAGACCCACUGGCAGCCCGUGGAGGAGCCCACGCCGGAGCGAGUGAAGGAGGCUGUAACUGCGUGGGAAGCUCACCCUGGAGCAAGUUCCUGGCAGCAUCUGGGAGCCUGUGGGGAGAGAGGAGCCCAGGCCAGAGCAGGUUUGCUGUCAGGACUUAUGAUCCUGUGAGGGCCCGAGGCUGGAGCAGUGUGUUCCUGAAGGACUGUUCUCUUGGUGAAGGACCCAUGUUGGGGCAGGGUGUGAGGAGCUGCCCCUGUGGCAGGCCCCAGGCUGGAGCAGUUCAUAAAGAACUGUAGGCUAUGGGAAGGAGCCAUGUUGGAGAAGUUGGUGAGGGACUGUAUCCUAUGGGAGGGACCCCACACUGUAGCAGUGGGAGGUGUAAGGAGGCCUCCCCCAGUGCAAACUCCAUCUGUGAUGAACUGACCAUAUAUCCCCCAUCCCCUGCACUGCUGGGGGGAAGGAAGGAGAGUCCUGGGAAGAGAGAGGGGUUGGGUGUGGUGUUUUGGGUUUUAUUUCUCAUC